AUGAUUCGUGCCACCUCCAACCCGCAAUUGGAAAUUUUUGGAAAUUUGUGGUACCGUUUCGAGCAGAGCGCGGGCUGGGGUUUCCGCAGCCGCGGCGGCAGCUGGAACGGCCUGGUGGGGCGGCUGCUGUCGGGGCGCGUCGAGGUGGCCGCCGCCUUCGUCAUGAUGACGCCCGAGCGCCACCGCGUCGUCGACUUCUCCCUGCCCCUCGUCUUCUCAGGGUAUAACGUGUACAUACAGCAACCGAAUGAGCAAGAGUUCACAUGGGACCACUUUCUACGACCUUUCGAGAGUCGCCUCUGGCUGUGCACCAUGACGUUAGUAGUCACUACUUGGGUGGUGCUCAGAAUGCAGAGGAAGUUUGGACAAGCUUCCGAGACAGAAGGAGAUGACAAGGGAACAUACAGCGAUUUCCUGCAGGUCAUGGGAAUAUUCCUUAUGCAAGGUGUCGGCACCGGACAGGAUACGACAUCACGUGACUGCGUGCGGGCGUCGCUGGCGGUGGCGUCUUUGUCUGGGCUCCUGCUGUACACAGCCUACUGCGGCGUUAUCACAGCUAUCACGGCGUCGGGGCAGCCGCGGCUGCCUUUCCAAAACAUGUCAGGACUGCUGCGCGAUGGCUCGUACACUCUUAUUACAAUCGCAGAUUCUUCUCCAAUGAACACCUUAAGCGAUUCAAAUAAUCCAGUCGACAGGACGAUUUACAAGAAGUACAUUGAGGGCAAAGAUAUGCCUCGUACAUCAGAAGACCUCUUUGGGAGGCUGUGCAGCUCACGGAAGUACGCCGUGAUGGUAUCCAAGACGAGGUUCAUCCACAGCACUAACUACAUGCGGUGCUCAGUCACAUGUGUGCACGAGUCCAACGGAAUGCAGGAAGCUUUCGCGUUCCCAAAGAAAAGUCCUUACCGGGAAGCCAUUAAUUACCACCUGCUGCGCUUGAGGAAUGAGGGGGUGCUGGAUCAUCUGCUGUGGAACUUGUGGAAAGUGGGCAGCACACAGCACCACCAGCAGCAAUCCACGCCUAUGGUAGCUGCGAGGCAAGUCGUCCCAGCACUCGCGGUUCUGGCAGCUGCUGGAGUGAUAGCCCUAUGGCUGCUGCUGCUGGAGAAUGCCUGCUGUAGGAGGGGUGCAGAAGAAGUCUGUGCCAGAUGCAAAUAUGUAUUUUACAACAUGUUCGGCAAGGCAUAA